AUGGACGCUAAACCACAACGCCCUCCUCGUGCGAUCCGUGUUCGUCAAGACGAGAACGCUAUCCGCGCUGGUACCAAGAAAUUAACAACCGCCGCCGCCACUGCAGCAUUGAAGAGCAUGGACUCUCAGAAGGGAGCUGUCGGCCUCAAGGCUGUCCCAAGAAGGACCGCGUUUGGUGAUGUUAGUAACACCGUGAAAAACGUUUCGGAGGCCGCAAGGCAUAUCAAAGGUUCUAUCACCAUCGAUGAGAAGCAAAUUAUCCAAAAGACUAGUGGUGCGAUCUCAAGGCCAGCUCAGAGGAGUGUUAAGAACAUCCCCUCCGCAGUCCAGGCUUCCCAUGUACCAACUUCCCGAAAUGUUCGAAAGCCAGCUGUCUACCAGGAUAAGAGACCAAGCCCAAUACGGCCUAGCCCUAAGAGGACUAGCCCCCCCAAAGUUUCCAGGGAUGCCGUCGCAAAGAAGGAAUCUCAAUAUAUUCAGGCAACCCGCCAAAACGGGGCCACCAAGGCAAUUUCUCGACCUUUAUCAAGCCUUCUCAACUCAAAGCAUGGCCUGCCCAAGGACGAGGCGGCUGUCCACUCGGAUCAGCACCCCAACCUUUACUCUGGAUAUAUUGACGAGGAAGAUGACGAUAAUAACGGUGUCGAGAUUGAGGAAUAUGAAGAAGAUGAUUACGCGAGUGAUGAUAAUGAGGAGAGGUUGGAGGGUGGAAAACUUCGCGUCAGGUCUAGGAAUGAGGUUAUUUCCGAUGUUGAGAGUGACGAGGGCGAGGACGAUGAGGACUUCACAGCCGCUGUGAGGGGCGAUAACACCACCGGUGUUACGUUUCCUUUACCGCUCGUUCCUAGGUGGACGUCACAAGCUAAAAAGGAGCUCCAAGCUGUAGGUCAACAGUUUAGCGCCUAUGAUGAGGAGGACGAGGGCGACAUUUCAAUGGUUGCAGAGUAUGGGGAAGAGAUUUUUGAAUAUAUGCGUGAGCUGGAGAUUAAACUAUUGCCUAACGCGACUUACAUGGAUCACCAAUCUGAGAUCCAAUGGUCUAUGCGCGCCAUUCUCAUGGAUUGGCUUGUACAGGUCCACACCCGCUUCAACCUUCUCCCAGAGACACUUUUCCUCUGCCAGAAUUAUGUUGACCGCUUUCUUUCAUCGAAAGUUGUCUCCCUUGGUAAGCUGCAACUUGUUGGUGCUACUGCCCUGUUCGUUGCUGCCAAGUAUGAGGAAAUCAACUGCCCAUCUGUGCAUGAGAUUGUCUACAUGGUUGACAACGGCUAUACCGCGGAAGAGAUAUUGAAGGCGGAGAGGUUCAUGCUGUCAAUGUUGAAUUUUGAACUUGGCUGGCCAGGGCCAAUGAGUUUUCUUCGUCGCAUCAGCAAGGCUGAUGAUUACGACCUUGAGACGAGGACCCUUGCAAAGUACUUUUUGGAGAUUACCAUUAUGGAUGAGAGAUUUGUGGGCAGCCCGCCUAGCUUUUUGGCAGCUGGCGCACAUUAUUUGGCGAGGCACAUGUUAAAGAAGGGUGAAUGGUCACCCGCUCAUACCUUUUUCUCCGGUUACACUGCGACCCAAUUGGAGCCACUUAUCCAUACAUUGGUUGAGUGUUGCGAGAACCCAAAGACCCACCAUGGUGCCGUUUACGAGAAAUUUGCCGACAGGCGAUACAAGAGGGCUAGUUUGUACGUGCAGAACUGGAUUAACAGGGAGAAUUCCGAGGGCUCAGAGGGAGAAGUAGAGCAGUAG